CACGGUAUAGUUUACAUCACAGACGUCAUGACUUUGAUAACCAUGGUAACGAGACGCUUCGUCCCUAUACAGUUUAAAAUAACCUGCGUGUAGUUCCACCAAAAUGUUAUGUCGGAAAACUUGGUUUUGAUAGAAUAGCGUUGAGUGUUUUGUGUUUGCGUUAACAAAUUGAAUGCUGUAAACGGAAAUUUUUACGGCAUAAACCAGUACAAACGGAGAACAAACGAGUGAGACUGUUCUGCCGACGUUUUGCGUUGGGUGCGGGGGGGGGGGGGGGGGGCAACUUCACGUAGGUCAGUCACUACAAUGCAAGUAACAGCCCAAAGCAAUGUCGCUUUUAUUCCACAAGGAUGUGCUGUAAUGUAACUCAAGUUAUUAUUCGGCAUGGAUCCUGAAAGAUGUUCAUCAAAACAAAGAGUGAGGCUACAUCCAAAACUGCAUACUACUCUACUGAAAAGCAUUUUAAAAAGUCUAAAAGUGUGUGCUACUUCUUCACCUCAGAUCUCUCUUCAUUUGGAGAUGUCACCCAUACUGAAAUCCAUCUGGACCUUAAAGAAUGGCAUAAUUAUUUUCUUUACGCCUCUAAUACUGCUUCCACUUCCACUAUAUGUGGGAACAACGGAGGCCAGCUGUGCUUACGUGAUCUCACUGAUGGCAGUGUACUGGUGUACAGAAGCUCUCCCUCUGGCUGUGACUUCUCUGCUGCCUGCUCUCCUCUUUCCUCUGUUCGGCAUCAUGAAGUCAAAACAGGUGUGCAUUCAAUAUCUGAAGGACACUAAUAUGUUAUUUGUGAGUGGCCUAAUGGUGGCAGUAGCUGUCGAGCACUGGAACCUACACAAGCGCAUUGCUCUUCGAGUGCUGCUCUUCGUAGGAGUGCGUCCAGCACUGCUAAUGCUAGGGUUCAUGGGUGUUACAGCUUUCCUCUCCAUGUGGAUCAGUAACACCGCAACCACAGCGAUGAUGGUUCCCAUAGUGCAGGCAGUCCUGGAGCAACUGAACAACCAGGAAAUCGAAACAAUCCCGCUCAACUCCAGCGUGGAGCCCAACCAGGCUUCAGACACACAAAACAAUGAGUCUGCUAAACAAAAAGACGGGCAAGCAGUGGUAUUAAGUGGUCUGAACAUGUCAACUGAAGCAACCAGGCAUCAAGAAGCAGCAGAGAGAAAACAGAUAUGUAAAGGCAUGACGUUGUGUGUGUGCUAUGCUGCCAGCAUUGGGGGAACGGCCACACUCACAGGCACAGGCCCUAACCUGGUACUCAAGGGACAAAUGAACCAACUGUUUCCGCAGAAUGGGGAUGUCAUCAAUUUUGCAUCCUGGUUUGGCUUUGCAUUUCCAAACAUGAUCAUAAUGCUAGCUUUAUCCUGGCUGUGGCUGCAGUUUCUUUUUAUGGGGUUCAACUUCAGGAAGACAUGGGGCUGCAAGGCAGUGAAGACAGAGAAAGAGAUUGCGGCGUAUAAUGUGAUCCGAGAGCAGCACCGGCUGCUGGGACCCAUGACAUUUGGAGAGUUUAGUGUGUUGGCUCUCUUCAUUCUACUUGUGGUCCUGUGGUUCACCCGGGAUCCCGGAUUUGUGGCCGGCUGGGCCACACACACAUUCAACUCAGAGGCGGAGUAUGUGACAGAUGCCACGGUGGCAGUUUUCAUCGCUGUGCUUCUUUUCAUUCUGCCAUCAACACCACCAAUGUUCUGUUGCUGGCCAACAGCUAGUCCUGGUCCAGCUUUGCUUACAUGGGAGGUAGCUCAGAGGAAAAUGCCCUGGAACAUAGUCCUGCUCCUUGGGGGAGGAUUUGCACUGGCCAAAGGGAGUGAGGAAUCAGGUCUUUCCCGGUGGAUGGGAAAUCAUUUAACACCUCUGCAUAGUAUUCCUCCUUGGGCCAUAGCCAUUGUCCUCUGUCUCCUGAUAUCCACUUUCACUGAGUGCACCAGCAAUGUGGCCACAGCUACCCUCUUCCUCCCUGUCCUGGCCUCUAUGUCACACUCCAUUGGAAUGAACCCCUUGUAUGUCAUGGUGCCCUGCACACUCAGUGCCUCUUUUGCCUUCAUGUUACCCGUGGCAACACCCCCCAAUGCUAUUGUAUUCUCCUAUGGCUACCUCAAGGUGUCAGACAUGGCAAGGGCCGGCAUAAUGAUGAACAUUAUAGGAAUCUUCUGCAUCACAGUGGCCAUCAACACCUGGGGAAAGGCAAUGUUCCAUUUGGACACUUUCCCUACAUGGGCCAACAGCACAGGCUUGUGAAAACCAUGACAGACACAAGUGAAUAGUGAAAUACAAUUACAUAAAUGGUGCAACAUAACAGAGCCCAAAUGUGAGUUUUUUUAUACUCCAUCUGUGAUGGGCUAGCCAUGCGGUGUUGUUGUUUUUUUUACAGCUCCUAUUAUUAACACAAAUUACCCGAUUCACUAAGUAGCAUUUACGCAUGCUUUCAUCUUCUUGGGAUUGUACAGUGCUGAUUGAAAGUUUGUGGAUAUACUGUAGAAUUUUCUACAUAGCUGCAUACAUAUGAUCUAGAUCAUUAGAUUUUCACAAAAGUCCUAAAAAUAGAUCAAGAGAACCCAAUUAAACAGUUGAGACAAAAAUAUUAUACUUGCUCUUUUAUUUAUUGAGGAAACAAUCCAAUAUUACAAAUCUGUGAGUGGCAAAAGUAUGUGAACCUUUGCUUUCAGUAUCGGGUAUGACCCCUUGUGUAGCAAUAUCUGCAACUAAACAUUUCCGGUAACUGCCGAUCAGUCCUGUGCAUCGGCUUGGAGGAAUUUUAGCCUAUUUCCCAGUACAGAACAGCUUCAACUCUGGGAUAUUGGUGUGUUUCCUCACAUGAACUGCUUGCUUCAGGUCCUUCAACAACAUUUCUAUUGGAGCAAGGUUAGGACUUUGACUUGGCCAUUCCAAAAAAUUAACUUUAUUCUUCUUUAAUCAUUCUUUGGUAGAAUGACUUGUGUGCUUAGGAUCGUUGUCUUACUGCAUGAACCACUUUCUCUUGACAUUUUCCUUUAGAAUUCAAAGAUGUAAUUCAGCAUUCAUUGUUCCAUCAAUGUUGGCAAGCUGUACUGUUCCAGAUGCAGCAAAACAGGCCCAAACCAUGAUACUUCCACCACCAUGUUUCACAGAUGGGAUAAGGUUCUUAUGCUGAAAUGCAGUAUUUUCCUUUCUCCAAACAUAACGCUUCUCAUUUAAACCAAAAGUUCUAUUUUGGUCUCAUCCAGCCACAAAACAUUUUUCCAUUAGCCUUCUGGCUUGUCCAUGUGAUCUUUAGCAAACUGUAGAUGGGCAGCAAUGUUCUUUUUGGAGAGCAGUCACAUUAUUGUUGUUCAGUGUUCACCUGAUGGUGAACUCAUGAAUAUUAAUAUUAGCCAACGUGAGCAAGGUCUUCAGUUGCUUAGAAUUUACCAUGGGUUCCUUUGUGACCUCAUAAACUAUUACACAUCUUGCUCUUGGAGUCAUUGUUGUUGGUCGACCUCUCCUGCGGAGGAUAAAAGUGGUCUUGAAUUUCUUCGACUUGUCUGUCUGAUUGUUUAUUUGGUGGAGUCCAAACUCUUUAGAGAUGGUUUUGUAACCUUUUCUAACUUGAUGAGCAUCAAAAAAUCUUUCCUCACAAAUCUCCUUUGUUUAUUCCAUGAUACAGUUCCACAAACAGGUGUUGUGAAGAUCAAAAUUUGAUAGAUCCCUGUUCUUUAAAUAAAACAGGGAGCUCACACACACCUGAUUGUCAUCCCACUGACUGAAAACACCUGGUCUAAUUUUACCUUCAAAUUAACUGCUAAUCUUCGAGGUUCACAUAUUUUUGGCAGUCACAAAUAUGUAAUAUUGGAUAAUGUUCCUUAAUAAAUAAAAACUCAGUAUAAUAUUUUUCUCUUAUUUGUUUAAUUGUGUCCUCUUUGCCUACUUUUAGAACUUGUGUGAAAAUCUGAUGAUGUUUUAGGUCUUAUUAAUACAGAAACUUUUAAGCACAAAAUUCUAAACUUUCAAGCACCACUGUAUAUUUCAGAAACCAAAGUCCAAGUCAUUGAUGCCAUGGUUUCAUUAGUGUUUCUUUAAAUAUAAUGGAUUUAGAAAGAAAACAGUCAUUAAAUCUCAGUCUAUGUGUCACCAGGGAAGUGCAAUUAUCAGUCUUGUGUUGAGGAUUGUUUUUUAAGAUUAAGCUUCAGUUGCCAGCAUUCUAAAAACCUGCUUUAUUAAUACACAAAAGUGGAGCUUAUAUUUAGUAAUAUUCAGUUCAUAAUAUGUUAUUGUUCACACUGUUAAGUUUAGUACUAUAAGUUUAUAUUGGUUGCAAUGUAGUUAGAAAUCCCAAUGAGGACACUUUUUCUUUUCUUGUCAAUUUGAAUGAACCCAGUGCUCAUCAUUGCCAUCAACAUAUUUUCCUAAGCAAUUUAACAAUUAUAGACAUGGCAUUCCAUCAGUAUACAUGUUUGUUAUCUGCUGUAUGAAAUGUUAUACUGUUUUAUAACUGUACAAAUAAAAUCUGUAGGG